AGCAAAGCUAGCGGAGGGCAACGCUGCACGAAACCCAGGCUCAGCUGAGCUGACACCCCCCCCCCCCCCCCCCGGAGACCGAGAUACGUCCAAGAUCGGAGCGGUGGGGAAUAUCCUAACUCGUAUCUAACUCCCUAACAUCAGCAGCGUUGCAGUUGUGAGCUGCUCCAGCACGGCUCCAUGGCGGUAGCCGAGCUUUAGCCGCCGGAACAUGCCCACUGCUCCUCGGCGUGUGACGCCAGCUUUUCUCCGCUGAAGCGCUGCCCGCGGUGCGAGCAGAGCUGCAGCAGCACGACAGACAGCGAGGGACACCAGAGUUACAGGGGGAAGGGGGGGGGAUUUAUCUAACACAACGAGAAGAAUGGACUUUGUCGCACGGAAACAGGAGGUAUUCGUGUACAGAAACUCGGGCCUUGGACGUCGGUGUCGGACAACAAGUCCAGCAGCAGCUAGCCAGCGUUAGCUGCUUUAAUUCAUGGAGUUAGGUCGGUGUCGGACCAUAAGCUGACUGCGCUAAUGUGAGAGAGGAUUGUCCUGCUCAUAUUCAUAACUGCUGACGACCAGGGAGCCCAGUACGAGACGGCUGGUACAAAUCAUUGAUAUAUAUACAUACAUAUAUAAUAUAUAUAUAUACCUGGCCGUCUGAUAGCUGAACUUAUCUACUUUGCUCUAUUAAUAAUUGAUCAAGCAGUCCAUUUUUUUUCUUGCACAGAUAUCACAUAUUCGUUGUAUUGAGGUUUGUUUGAAACGGCACUUUAAUUAGUUGAUGUAUAAGUAUGCUCUAAAGGCACCUGUGACGUAGGGUUUUUUGAAAAUUACAAUAACAGAUUACAAUCCCAAUACAGCAGUCAGGUCAGGUCACAACUACGGAUAUAAUGAUGUUCUCAUGGACCUGAACGUAUUUAAAAAAGACCAAAAACAAUUGCUACUCGUCUGAAUAAAAAGUUGCAAGACUAGCCUUAGUUACUGUAGUACUUGUCACGUGGUUUAAAGUUGAGGUGUCACUGGGAAAUGUAAACAUGAAUAUCGAAGACCAGUGUCUGGAUUUGUGUAAUGUGAAGUCGAAAAGCAAUGUCGAUGGUGACUACAACACUACGAACAGCACAGAAGGGGUCACCCCUCGAAUCUCGGAGCUGAUGACAGACGGUAAUGCAGAAAAGCAAAACAUUGUUCUCACUGAGGCCUCUCAGACCUACUUGAUGCCUCAGCUCACAGACAACCUUCAGGCCGCGGAGAAAGACAACCACCAGGCAGAAGACACACUGGAAAUUGAUGAAGUCAAUGGAAACAGAAAGAGCUGUGCACAAGAGACUCUUCUUAGGGGUAAUCCCACUGACGUAAUCUUUUCUAACGAUGAGCAAAACAAGCACAACAGUGAUACGGAGAAAAUGAUAGUGGAUAAGGACAGUGAUUCUGCAAGGCUUGUUAUGGAAUUGGGGGACAAUGAUGGCGACAUGGACAUCGGUGUGGAUUUGAGUCUUGAUGAGAGUGGGGUCUUGGAAACUGAAUCUGCAAAACUUUGCUCACUCUCAGAUAAUAUUUUGGACUCUGAGUCUACUCCUCAGGAUGUCCCAACUGGCGUAAAUGUGGAAAGUCUGUCAGAUGCAAACAAGACAUCCAGCUCAGAGGCUUCUUCCACUGAUCAAGCUGGACUGUAUCCCACUGUGGAGGAGGAGGAUGAAAAACACAAACCAAGUGGCAAAAGGGUGACAUUUCCCUUAGAUGACGAUAUAGUUUCUGGAGCAGUGGAGCCCAAGGACCCCUGGAGACACGCUCAAAAUGUGACAGUGGAGGAGAUCCUCUCUUCCUAUAAGCAAGCCUGUCAGAAGCUCAACUGUAAACCUAUACCCAAAGUUAUCAAACAGAUACAGGAACUGAAAGACCUGACGCAGCGAAAUGAAUGCUUCGAUCUGAAAGGUGAAAAGCUGGACUACAAAGCAUGUGAGUCUCUGGAGGAGAUUUUGAAGAGGGUCCAAUUUAAAGUGAUAGACCUGGAGCAGACCAACCUGGAUGAAGAUGGUGCAUCAGCUCUCUUUGACAUGAUAGAGUACUACGAGUCAGCCACACAUCUUAACAUCUCCUUCAACAAGCACAUUGGCACACGGGGAUGGCAGGCUGCGGCUCACAUGAUGAGAAAGACGAGCUCUCUGCAGUACCUUGAUGCCCGUAACACUCCUCUGCUGGAUCACUCUGCUCCGUUUGUUGCCCGAGCUUUAAGGAUCAGUGGCAGCCUGGCAGUGCUCCACCUGGAGAACGCUGGCCUGUCUGGCAGGCCACUCAUGCUGCUGGCUACGGCUCUGAAGAUGAACAUGAACCUGCGAGAGUUGUAUCUGGCUGACAAUAAGCUCAACGGACUUCAGGACUCUGCACAACUUGGCAACUUGCUCAAAUUUAACUACAACAUUCAGAUUCUGGACCUGCGCAAUAACCACAUCCUAGACUCUGGUCUAGCCUACUUGUGUGAAGGGCUGAAAGAGCAGAGGAAAGGCCUCGUCACGUUGGUGCUAUGGAACAACCAGCUCACACACAACGGCAUGAGUUACCUCGCAGCUGCACUGCCGUGCACCCAGAGUCUGGAGACCCUGAACCUCGGCCACAAUGCAGUAGGAAACGAAGGAGUUCACAAGCUGAAAGAUGGACUGAUCGCCAACCGCUCUGUGCUCAGACUGGGAUUGGCUUCCACCAAACUGUCCUGCGAAGGAGCUGUUGCUGUGGCUGAAUUCAUCGCUGAGAGCCCCAGACUGCUGCGUCUGGACCUUCGAGAGAACGAGAUCAAGACUGGCGGCCUCAUGGCCCUGUCACUGGCCCUAAAGGUCAACACGUCUCUGCUGCGUCUCGACCUCGACCGAGAGCCCAAGAAAGAAACGGUGAAGAGCUUCAUUGACACACAGCGUGCUCUGCUGGCUGAGAUCCAGAAUGGCUGCAAGAGGAAUUUCAUCCUUGCUAAAGAGAAGGAAGAAAACGAGCAGAAGAUGAGGCAGUCAGCUUCCAUGGCUGAAAUUGCCACAGAGGAUGGGACCGGGCAGGAAGAGGAGGAUGAACUACAAGCAACAGAUGGGAAGGGAGAGAAAGAUGAGAAAAGAGGAGAGGGGGGCGGUGACUCGAUAGGAACUGCAGAACAAGCAAGCAGCCAGUUGGGAGCAGGAUCUCAAAAGAAUAUUCCUGUAAUCAAUCUGGAGUCUGACUCCGACACUGAGGAUGAGGACCAAGAAGAGGUGGUAACGAGGUCUCAUUCCAUUUCAAACUCCUCAGUUGUCUCAAAUCAGACUGCUCCUCAAACCUGUACAGGAGUUACGCAGUCGCCCCUCAGUGCCUCGGCUGCGUCCUCACUCCCGCCCGCCGCUCCUGCUGGAGGACCAAGUCUCAUGUCUGGGAUCACUGUCACUGAGGCACCAGUCCCUCCCGGGACCCCUCCCUCUCCCGGACGCUGCAUAUCUGUCUCGAGCCCCGGUCGGGGUCACAAGAUCUUUAUGGUAACAAGAGUGGAAAGCCCACCUGAGCAGCAGCUGCUGCUACAGUCUCAGACAAGCUCCCCCGUAGCUCCCAUCCAGACUAAAGAGGCUGCAAAAAGCCUGGUAGACAUUAGCACACCCAUGACACAGCAGACACAGCCUCCACCCACAUCUCCAACACCCACACAAACACAACUGACACCUGAGGACGUGAAAGGGAGCUCCCCACCUCCACCAACAAACCCUCAAAAGGCAGAGGAGAGUCCUGUAGCAGGGUUAGAGUCUGAAUUAAACACUGCAAAGAUCCACACACAAGCCCCCCAGUCAGCAAAUCCUCCCACUGUAGGCGUGACGGGCGAACCCUUAGACCCAGACGUGACCGACCCAAGUCUACAAACACCAGCUCUGCCUUCAAACUCCUCUUCAGUGCAGGUUGAAGCAUCUCAGCUAGCAGAAGGAAUGACCGAGAGCUCUGAAAGCCCCAGGCCUGAGCCGACGGCAGAAGGAAACAAGGAAGGAGAGGAGGAGGUCAGUGUACAGUAUGACAGGACAGUAGCGCCUUCAGGAUGUAAACAAUCAGAGGAACUGAAUGAAUCCCAGACGAGUUUGCCCAGCCAGCAGCAACUCUCAACACCUGCACUUGAACAGCCACAGAGUGAGCGCGCUUCAGACGAGACGCCUCCUCCAAACCAACAGGAAAAGCAGGAAGGACCAGUCAGUUUAGCAGAAAAUGAAGAACCCAGUUCAACACUGAAAGAGCAGACCAGCCAAGAGGAGUCGAGGCCAAAGCACCAAUUGGAAGCAGGUGAGCAGGAAGUAGCGCCUGUUCACUCUGUCCAAGCUGAUGAGAGUGCGCCAUCUGUCAUUGAGGGCGGAGCAGAGGAGUCAAAUCCAGCACCACAGGGGGCUCCGGGCGCUGCCUCCACUCAGCCUGAGGAGAAUCCAGAUUCAUCGUUUGAAGAAGAUGAAUCUGCCGAUGAGAGCUCUGCAGACGAGUGCUUUGUGGAGGCUCUUGAGGGGGAGGCGGAGGGCUCCACUCUGCCCAACGGCCUCAAGCCUGAGUUCUCCAUCCAUCUCCUCGACACUGAAAGCCCAAAGCCUGGCAGCUGUGUGAUGGAGCACGUGAGUGCCACUUGUGGACAGGAGCUGGAGGAAUUGCUUCUAGAGGCCAGCUUGGAGACUGGGAGAGACAUGCCAUGAACUGCUGAACUACACAUCUGAACAGUGGGAGCACGUGAAAACAGCACUCGGAUGGUUUGUCGGGUUUUGCUACAAGGCCACAAUGUUUUUGACACAUCUUCUACUCAAACAUCGAAAAACUUAAAGAACAAAAGACCCAGUUAUAGUCAAAGCUCCAUGAAAAUACAAGUAAAGGACAAAACCAGCCUCUGGAGCCAACAUCUGACUAAUAUUGAGUCCUCCACAUUCACACUACACUUUGAAGAGGAGAGAAGAAAACUGAAAUCAACUGGUUUUCACUACAUUUUAUCAGUGCGACAUCUUUAAACUCAAACAGCCUCUGAGAGGGAGAACCGACGGAGAAGAAGAGAGAGGAUGAAAACACUAACCAAAGACUCAGCACAGACUUUUCUCACCGCUCCUUCUCGCUCUCCUCCGUAGAUGGCUUUUAGGCAAAUUUACUAGCAGUAAAAGUUUUUUCCUGACUCACAGAGACGUAACGGUGAUGAAGAAGAGACGAGCAGCGUUCACUCAGAAGACUAAGUGGUGGACCCUGCUGAGUAAACCUGCUGGCUUUAAACACUUGAGAUGGGAGAAUGUCGCUGUUGAAGGUUUUUAUAUAAAGAAACCUGAGGAUGUUCACGUGUCUGUUUAAAUGUAAACAUUUUGUGCGUUUCCAUCAUUCCUCCUGACCUCCUCUUCCUCCUCUCCCCCUGGAAAUAAAACUCUAAGGGACCUUUGCCAAAGUGACCUCCUUCCUCUUUGAAUUGUCUUGCUCUCUCCCUUCGGCCCCUCAGGAAUUGGCGUUCUUCUCGUGUUCUUCGUUAGACCUGUCAAAUCUCACAUGGAGAAUUUGCGACCCCCCCCCCCCCCUAUUACAAAACUACUGUCUGAAAGUCAGUCUCGGUAAUUUGCUCCAUGUUGAUUUGGAAAAAAAUUAAAUAACAGACUUUAAAUGAAUAUCAGAAAGUGAGAUGCCUUUUCAGUUUGUCUACAGAUCCAGACUUGAUCAGUUUAUUUCCGCAUCGUUGUAUGAACCUCCUUUAAAGAAAAGAAAAAAUAGCAGCCUGCUGUCUGUCCUCAUCUGCCGCCCGUUUCCUCCUCUCCCUCAGGCAUCAGCUGGGACUUUGCACCCUCUCACCUCUCUGCUCCACGUUCAUGUUGCCUUCAAUCUCAUCACUGCUGAUCCUCCCAUCUAGCUGCUUUGAGGAAUCACUUGUUUUGUAUUUAUUUCAUAGCUUUUGGAGCCUUUUCUGAUUUUAUUUUCUCCAUUUCUCAGUUGAUUUCUCCUCAUUUUAUCCUUUUUGUUGUCUGGGGGUUGCUUUUAAAGCUUAGCCCCUUUUUUGAUGUAUAUUUCAUACUUAAACUAGAGAAAAUAAUUACUUUUUUUGUGAGGGGGGGGUAAUCUAUAAGGGGAGGUAAAGUAACUAAACCAUUGACUACUGGGGUGCAAUAAUGAAAGCAAGUACAAGGAAGCGGCAAACACGUCAACAUGGAGGUCCUUGUUGUUUUAAGCUGCUCUGUUGGGUGAAGCUGUGACCACAAGGGGGUGAUGAUUGCUUGUUUUCCUGCUACCUGAAGGAGAUUAGUGUGAACAGUGACACAGUUUUCCAAAGCCAGCCAGCAGAAUUGAACAUUAAAUAUCAGCUUCAUGAGUGUCUGUGAACAGAGACGGUUUUCUUGCUUUAUUUUUGCCCCUGAAGCAGACGCAGCCUGGUGAGGUGGGGGUUCUCCUACAUGGAGCAUCAUUCACCCCCUCCUGCUUUCCUCCACCCAACAGGUAGUUUGCCCCCACUGUUUGUAAUGCUUUAAUUUUUAGAAAUUUUUAAUGAUGAUUUGUUAACUUAAUUGAAAUGUGCUGGUAAUCACAAAGAUAUGUAUGGCGAAAUUUGUUCCUCAAAUAAAUGCAUGUAAUGACUAA